GUCAACGGUCCCUGAAAUGCCUGCCUCAUACAUCGUCAUCUCGCCGCUCUCAAGCUUGGAUUCUUUUGUGAUUGCAACUUUACUGACAUCUAUACUGAGUCUGGGAAGGAAGGCGGAAUCUUCACCACUAUCACGCAGAUACACGAAUUUUAUCCAUCCGCUAUCGUCUCCGUCUGGCAUGGUCUACCCAAUCUAGAACCCCCCCCCCCAUUUCUUGGGAUUCCAUCCCCCCCUCGACAACCACUGACGUCCGGCGCGCGUUGGGACGAAUUUUCGACCGGAUAAUACGGGACCCUCCGAUUCCUCCGUCCCGUCCAUCUAGUUUACCUCUUUCACCUUCAACAUGUCUCCCGACCGCGCCGAUUCUGCUCCCGAGGCAUCAGCACCAGGGCGCUGCUUCGUCUGUCUUGGCGACCAGGAGGGCUCGGACGAAUGGGUCAACCCAUGCCCAUGCUCUCUCGAGGGCCACCAAGAGUGCGUGAUGAGCUGGAUCUCCGAGCUGGAGCGCGAGAACAAGCCCUUUGAGUGUCCCAUCUGCAAAUCGAAAAUCACCGUCGACGAGCCUUUCGACCCGGCCCUCGCCAUCAGCAACAGGAUAUACAAGGCCUUCAGCAGCGUGUCGCCGUUGGUUCUCUGCAGCGGCGCCCUGUCGGGCCUAUACGUGAGUCUGACCGCGUACGGUAGCGCCGCCCUGUUGGUCUUCGCGGGACCUGAAGGAUACGCCCGGUUCUUGCUCACGGGGGAUGCGGACCGUCCGGUCUUGAGCCUGCGUUACAUGAGCUUACCCCUCAUCGCGCCGGCGUUGAUCGUGGGUCAGACUCUCCCGUCGCUGGGGAAUUUCUUCUUCUUGCCCCCGACGUCCAUAUACGGCAUGUUCAGCUUGGCUCACGACGAGAAUUUCAUAUCUUGGCCACCCUCACCAAGCCUCGUCUUCGCCACUUUCCCAUGGAUCCGUGCCUUCUACCGCAAUCUUUGGCGCGAAUUCAUCCGACCUUUCGAGCUGAGGCUUGACAGGAGGAUAGCGGGCUUACCGGAACGGGAGCCGCAGGCGAAUCAAGGACAAGGGCAGGGCCAAGAGCGGGCGAGAGACGACCAAGAACACAACGGCGGAGGAGGCGUCGGCGGCAUCGUGGGGUUUCUCGACGCGGCAAUCAACCUCCUAGACAUUCCCGACGUGGACCUGAACGUGGAAAUACAGGAAGAUGUGCUGCAGCCGGGAGAGGAGGACCAUCCGUUGGAGAUGGAGAUGGAGAUGGAAAUGAGGGUGUUCGACUUGGAGUUUGACACCGACGACGAAGAACAGGCCGAGGCAGUAGAGGCGCUCGCAGAUCGUGCCGCCAGGGCUGCCAAUGAUGGAGAACAGGGCGAGAACCAAGUGAAUCGCGAGGACGAUGCGGCGCCCGCUCCUGUGGUCCGCCCGGCACAGGCAGAGGCGCAGGAUCAGGCGCAGGAUCAGGCGCAGGAUCAGGCACCAGCAGAAGCGCCAGCAGAAGCGCCAGCGCCAGCGCCCGUCGUUGCUGGACCAGCCGACGGCCAACGGCAGUGGAACGUCCACACCAGUCUCCGCGACAUCGGCAACUCGCUUGCCGCAUCACUUCUCCUGCCGGCCAUAUCUGCCGGCGCAGGCGAGCUGCUCCGCCUCGCUCUUCCCCGACACAUGACGACGCCUUCACUUUUGAGUUGCCGCCGGCCCGGUCUGCUACAGGAGAUGUGGGGUCGGAGUCUAAUCGGGGGAUGCAUUUACGUGGUACUCCGCGAUGCGUUCAGGCUUUACACAAAGUAUCGCAGGGCCGUAAACAAGCCGCUGCGUAAGGUACGGAGUGUGGAAAGGAGAAAGGGAGGGGCCACUGCCUCUUCAUCAUGGCAAAAUUGAAUGAAUCCGAGUGUCCGUAUGGUGUACCUAGUCCUAUGGACACUGGAAUGCAGGUAGGGGCAGGGGCAGGUGUAGGUACGCCCAUGGAUGACACAUACGUGUAGGACAGGAUAAGCGUCUGGAGCGGGCGGGAAUUCUUAGCUAAGAGCGAUGACGGGUCUUCGCUGUAAUCAAAUCUUCACAUAAUGACAACAAAAGCGCCAAAGAUGACAC